AUGUUCAAUAUUGUAAAAAGCUUAACGAGAAUAUGGAAAUGCUCAAAGAAACAUUGAAAGAAUUAGAUAGUCGAAAAAAAGAUAUUGAGCAAAGUUUGAAAACACAAUGUCAUUGGGAGAAAUUACCUAAAGCUGAAGUAGAAAACUGGUUGCAAAAAACACAAAGGAUAAAUAGUGAAGCAGAAGAUAUUUUUGAGAGACAAGUUAAAAAGAUGAAAUGUUUGUCACGUGUACGUUUUGGGAAGUUUGUUGUCGACAAGAUUAAAGAUGUGAAAGAACAUCACCAGAAAGUUGUGUUUGAGAGCUUGGUAAUUGAUGCACGUCCUACUCCUGGAGUGGAAAUACCAACAAAAACAUUAGUAGGUGAGACAACUGCAGGGCCAGCCAUGAAUGAGGUUUGGAAAUUUCUGAUGAAUCAUGAGGUGAUGAAGAUAGGAGUCUGCGGGAUGGGGGGAGUUGGUAAAACAAUGAUCAUAACUCAUAUCAACAACAAACUCCUCAAUGAGGCAAAAGAGUUUAAAAAUGUACUUUUUGUCACUGUAUCUCAGUCACUUGAUCUCAUGACAUUGCAAGAUCGAAUUGCUACUCAAUUGGGAUUGGAAGGUAAACUCUCAAAAGAUGAAGAUGAAAGGAUAAGAGCUGGAAAAUUGUCUAAAAUGUUGAAAGGAAGAAAGAUUGUGUUGAUAUUAGAUGAUGUGUGGGAGAAAUUUGAGCUGGAGGAAGUGGGAAUUCCUGAACCUACAAAAGAAAAUGGAUGCAAAUUGGUGAUAACAUCUCGUUCACUAGAUAUAUGUCUUUCCAUGGGUUGCAAAAUAGUUAAGGUGGGGACUCUUUUAGAGCACGAGGCAUUGAAUUUAUUUGUUGAUAGAGUGGGAUCUGAUAUUUUCGAAAUUCCAACUUUAAAAGACCUUGUGAAACGUGUGGCUGAACAAUGUGCUGGUUUACCCCUAGCAAUCGUCACAGUUGCUAGUUGCAUGAGGGGAAAAGAUGAUAUUUGUGAAUGGAUGAAUGCAUUGGAAGAAUUAUCUAAAAUCUUACAAAGUGUCGAAGGGAAGAAAUCAAGUGUGCUCGGACAAUUACAAUUCAGUUAUGAUCGUUUAAAGAGUGAACAGCUGCAACAUUGUUUCUUAUAUUGUGCCCUCUAUCCUGAAGACUUCAAAAUCCCAAAAGAGGAGUUGAUAGUUUAUUGGAGUGCAGAAGGACUUGUAGAUGGAGGAGGUAGUAUGGAAGCAACAAAUUAUGCGGGUUAUUCUAUAUUGAAGAAACUUGUAAACAAUUGUUUGUUGGAGAUUGCAAAUGAUGGAAAGUGUGUAAAGAUGCAUGAUCUUGUGAGAGACAUGGCAUUGCAGAUUACAAGCACCAAUCCUUUGUUCAUGAUAAAACCCAACGUGAAAUUGAGAGAAUUACCGGGGAAACAAGAAUGGAAAGAGAAUCUUAAGAAGGUUUCUUUAAUGCGGAAUCACAUAUUCGAAAUUCCUUUAAAUAUAUCCCCAAACUGUCAAGCUCUUUCCACUUUGUUGCUACAAAGAAACCCCUUACAAGUCAUUCCUGAAGUGUUCUUUGUAAACAUGCCUAGUUUGAAGAUUCUUGAUCUUUCUUACACAGAGAUUAAGAAGUUGCCAAAAUCCAUCUCCAACUUGAAGAAUCUCACAGCGUUGUUGCUUAAUCAUUGCGAACAAUUAAGUGAGGUUCCUUCCUUAAAGGAGCUUUCGGCACUGGAAAAUUUGCACCUUGGGUUCACAAAUGUACCUGGUUUGCCGGAAGGUAUUGAAAGGCUGACAAAGCUUAGAAGUCUUGAUCUUUAUCUACCUGCACCAGUUGUGUUGGCAACUUCAAUGCUUCAUACACAUAGUCGUCUCCAAAAAUUGAGAAUAAAUUAUGGAUCAAUGAAUUCUGAACCAGUAUUAACAUCAGAAGCGGCAACUAGAUUCAGUCGACUGGAUACUUUUGAAGUGUUGUUUGUUUGUUUUCAUGACUUCAACAGGUAUGUCCAAUCCUUACAUGUUCAGACACCAAAACGUUACUAUCUCGUGGUGGGAUCUUUUUUUUAUUUUAGGGAAUCCUUUGAUGAUUUGUUCGAAGUGGUAAAAGGCGUUAAUAAAAUUGUGGAGUUACAUACAGUUGGUGAAGGAAAAGAUCUGGUUGUGCUCCCAACAGACGUUCAGUGUCUAAUGAUUACUAUGUGUAACGAAAUAAGUUCUAUUAAGGAUCCAAUGCAAGGCAAUUAUCCCGAUCUUAAAUAUCUAUUUGUGUGGUUUUGUCCAAAUUUAAAGAAGUUGGUCUCACCAAAGGUGUUCUCGGCUCUACAAAGCCUGGAAGUGAUUCAUGUUGUGAUGUGUGAUGAAAUGGAGGAGAUAAUAGCAGAUGAUGAUGAAAAGGAACAAGGACGCAGUGGUAGCACCAAAUUCGCUCUCCCUAAAUUGAGAGAAAUGCAUCUGGUAUGCCUUGGAAAAUUGAAGAGGAUUUGUGGUGGUAAUGGAGUACUUGUGUGUGAAUCUCUCCAAAAAAUUGUCAUAGGAGGGUGUGGUCAAUUGAAUAGGUUCCCUGUGUCUCUUCCCUUGCCUGCAAUUAAAGAUAUCACGGUAGAGGAAAAGUGGUGGGAAUCAUUGGAGUGGGACAAUCCCAAUGCAAAAGCUUCCUUACAACCCUUCUGUGACUUAAUCCCCCCCUGGUAGAGUUACUUGAUGCAAAGGUAAUAUUUCUUAUAGAAUAAAAUUUUCAUUUUGUUUUACUUUAAUCACCAACAUAUACCAAGUGUUUCUUCAUUUCGUAGCCUCAUAAUAUAAUUGAUUCACUUUGCUUCAAAUAGCUUUUACCAUAUGCAAUAGUAACAUGAUUCUUUUUAUGCUAUUUUAGAAUUUGUGAAUAUAUAUUAAAUUUUUUAUA